AUGCUUUUCCGUAUCGAGACCGUGACAGAGCGAGAUGAUGGAAUAUGGCAAGUUGAGUUGAAAUUGACAAACGACGAGGAUAAACAACUUCGUCAUCUCACUGAUCGUUACCGAGAAGAGAUCCAAGGGCCAACAGCACUUCAUCGACUGGCAAUUUUAUUGUGUAAAAUGGGCGAAGAUCGCAAAGCGAAAGAAGUGUAUGAACUUUUGCUUGGAAGAACGAACGAGGAUGACAUGGAAGAACGCGCUUAUAUUUACAACCAACUAGGAAUUGUCUGUUCGGCGAUAAACAAUCAGGAAGCAGCACUUGCUCACUUUAAAAAAUCUCUCGAAUUACACUUAACGUAUUUAUCUCCAGACGCGCCUCAACUCGCUUCAUGCUACUCAAAUAUCGGACAAUGUCUUCGAAAUCAAGGUAAUUUCUCCGAAACUCUGGAACAGUAUCAACGCUGCCUCGACAUCGAACUCAGCCAACCUGAGCUCGAUCAAGAUCAACGAUCAAUCGCCAUGACUCAUUAUAAUAUCGGCGAUCUUUUCCUUGAACACGAUUGCUUGGAUGAAGCUCUUAAGAGUCACGAACGAUCAUUGAAACUUCGUCUCGCCUCUCUUCCUCCAUUACAUCCCGACUUGGCAUAUUCCUACGGACAGAUUGGGAGUAUUUUUAUGAAUCAAGGUAAUUACAAGGAAGCAGGCAUCCAGUUUCAGAAAGCACUCGAAUUAGGGCAAAAAUCUCUUCCACCUUCUCACUCAUAUCUUGCCAUUACAUACAACAAUAUGGCUGCAGCUCUGUAUCGGCUCCGUAAAUACGAAGAGGCCCUCCAGCAUGUCGAAAAAAGUAUUCAGAUCGUUCAUCAAAUCUUUCCCGUUGAUCAUCCUACUAGAACAUCUACUGAAGAUCUCUACAAUCAAAUUCGUUCUAUUGUUGUGACAUGA